AUGACUCCUUCUAAUAUAGCUAGUGGAUGGAGAAAGACGGGUAUUCACCUAUGGAACCCGGAGGUUAUAGAGCAGAAGAAGAGGAAGCGGCAGAAGAACCUCUUUCAGAUUCUGGCUGAAGAUAAUAAUGGAAAAGCGGCAGUCUAUUCACCUAAUAAGGCUGAGGAGAAGGUACAGAAGCAACUUGCUAAGGAAGAGAAGGAAAGAAUAGCUGAGUUCAAUCGCUCUGCUAAAGCUGCUAAGCAGAGAGAACAGAAGGAUGCUGAGGAUCUCAAGAAGCGCAAGGCACAGGAAGCACGUGAGGCACGUGAUGCAGAGAAGCAGCUUAAAGAUAAGAGGAAGGUAAUACACCAGAGGCAGAAGGCUCGCCAGGUUGUAUUUACUAUUCCUAAGGAGCCUACAGGCCAGCAGAAUCAUGAGGUAGAGGAGUGGGUAGCGAAAUCAGCCUCUGGCCGGCCUCAGCGUAUCCGGAAUACGCCUAAGAGGUACGAUGACUCUGUGAUUAUGAUAGAAUGA